AUGUCUCAUCCCCACCACCGGUCUGAUCCGCACUCGCAGCCCGUGGAGAUAGAAGAAAUGGUUGAGAAAUAUUCCACUCCAUCUGCGGGUUCGCGGCCCAAGUUGGCUUCACGUCAGUCAGUCAAGCCGCUUGCUACAACGGUUACCGGUAGAGGCUCUGCUAUCAUGAGUCGCGCGUCCUCGCCCAUGCAUUCGUCCUCAACUUUUGACCUUAAUAACACUUAUGAGUCCCAGCAGAACCAUACACACUCCGGCUAUUUCGACCGUGCACAGCUGUUCGGACGAACGCCUCCCCCAGAAUUCGUGCCCAGACCACGUCGGCCUCCAACAGCUGCCAGUCCUCGCCAUGAAGCGUUCCCAGAGCAGAGCUCGGGAAAGCAACCUAAACCAACCGCUCUUGCGCGUAUCCAAGCAAACCCUUCGUCUUCUUUGUAUGCGCUAGAGGCUGCGACUACCAAGUUGGAUGCUGAACCAGUCGCUACUCCUCCCUUUCGAAUUCUGUCGCGGCAUUCCUCCUACUUCGCACCACAGGACAGGUCCUCCGAUGAGGUUAACACACCAGCCCGUGAUUCACAAACAAACUCCGGGCGCGAUUCUGCAAAGAGCAUUCGAUCUUCACGGUCGAGCUUGCUCUCCUCUGCGUAUCAUGAUGAGUGGAUUGAAGCUGGUACGCCCGAGGCAACUACAAGUGGUACAGUAUCCCCACUAGAGACAGACGACACUUCUGUCAGUGCAGUCGAACGACAGAUGAACAAAUCCGAACCUCGCAACUUGUCAUCAGCGAUGGCCGCUUGGCGAGACCACAUGUUCAACGGUGGUUCGCCCGCGGCGUCUGGUGAUGGUGAUGCGCGCCAGCUCAGCUGGACCCGUCGUAUCUUUGGUGGUCGGACUAUUCCUAGCAAGUCAACUGUCACUACCCAAACCACUCUGCGAAAUGAUAAGUCGACUAACUCUGGGCAUGGAGCUCGCACAACUUCGACAGAGAUUGUUCGCAACACAGCCGAUCUUAUGGAGUCUGGUCGAUCAUCCAAGGAUACUGAUAAUAAAGAAGCGCUGUCAACGGAUGACCUGGAGGAAGACGAGUCUUCUGAUUCAGACGCAGAACUCACAUUCUACGACUCAUCCUCCGGUUCAGAGACGCCACCUUUGUUCCAUCUGGAAACAUCCCCUCCCUAUGAACCUGCCGAUCAUUCGGAACCAGACAUCUCGCCCAGCAUGGACGGCGAAACAGAAGAAGCUCUCAACGGCGCAGGACUCAUUCAAGGCAACAGCAAAGUCACCUCCAAUUCACGCGACUGUGGGCAUUCGACAACACUGUCGCGAAGUCCUGAACCUACCAGAACAUCCAUCACUCCGCUUGAGAAAACAGUCCUGACGAUGAUGAAUCCAAUUACAAUUUUCUCACAGGCCCCGGAAGCGCCGCACGAGGCAUCUGAUCCUGUUCCGACAGCACCAACUCCGCCCCUCAAGAUAAUGAUGCCCAUCACGAUUCACUCCCAGACGCCGACCACACCCAUGAACUUCCCUGGAUCUCCCCCAACCCAAUCAAAGUCUCCUCAACCACGCAACCCGCCUUCUCAUCAGCAGCACUUGACCUCUUCGCAGGAAUUCGCGAUAAUCUACGGGUGCGUUUCCUUCGCCGCUGUACGCGUGGCUCUCAUGAAUGUAGGACGAGACCUGCAUGGGUGUGACCUUCUUCACGACAUUGUUGUCGGCUUGAUUGCUGGCUUGGUGAUUGUGGUUAUGAGUUGUUUUGUAGGUGUGGAUGCACUGUUGAAGGUUGGUGAGGAGGGGUUGCUGGCUUUUGGUGCAGCUGUUGAGGAAGUUUACGGUAUGAUGGUCGAUUGGAAUGGUCGGUAUGAGUGCUGA